GCAAGAAAGUGGUAGCCUUGAUCAGAAACCAGUUAUGGAAGUUGCAGUCGUAGUGAAAAUAGUUUUAUCCCUGGCUUUGGUUGGUGGAGUGGGGUUGUUUUUGCGUUUGUAUCGAGCACUGGUGGCCAAGCCAGGCCAGCUGAGGUCGGCCCUGAGGAAGCAAGGGAUCAAUGGACCACCGCCAGCACCUCUUCUUGGGAACAUAUUGGAGAUCAAGAAAUCUCGAACUGCCACUACCAAGGCCCCAACUUGUGGUGCUCCCCCAGAGCACAACUGCGCCAAUGCUCUCUUCCCCUUUUUCGAGAAAUGGCAGAAGAAAUAUGGCGACAUCUUCAUGUUUUCUCUUGGAAACACUUUAAUAUUACAUGUGACCGAACAUGACAUGGUGCGGGAGAUAACAACGUGCACAUCCCUGGACUUUGGGAAGCCUUCCUACCAAGCCAAAGAACGCGGCGCUCUGCUAGGCAAUGGAGUUUUAACCUCAAACGGAACUCACUGGGCUCAUCAGAGGAAGAUUCUUGCGCCAGAAUUGUACAUGGAGAAAGUUAAGGGAAUGAUAAAGUUGGUUCAAGAGUCCACGAUGACACUGAUAAAUUCAUGGAACAAUAUAAUUGAGGCAAAAGGUGGGAUUGCUGACAUAAAGAUUGAUCAGCACAUGAGGAGCUUCUCCGGUGAUGUCAUAUCAAAAGCAUGUUUUGGAAGCAAUUACUCGAGCGGAGAAGAGAUUUUCUUUAAGCUGAGAGCUCUCCAGGAAGCAUCUUCCAAGAAGGUUCUGUCCACUGGUAUUCCUGGCAUGAGGUAUCUUCCCACUAAGAGCAACAGGGUAAUGUGGGAACUGGAGAAGGAGAUAAAAACAUUGAUCUUGAAGGUAGUGAAGGAAAGGCAGGAAGUUGGGUACGAGAAAGACCUGCUGCAAACGGUUCUUGAAGGGGCAAAGAAUGGUAAUCUCAGCCAAGAAGCACUUGAUAGCUUCAUAGUCGAUAACUGCAAAAACAUCUACUUAGCUGGCUACGAGACCACUGCUGUUUCGGCCGCCUGGUGUCUGAUGCUAUUAGCAGCCAAUCCUGAAUGGCAAGAACGCGUUCGGGGCGAGGUUCUUGAGGUUUGCAGGGGCCAGAUUCCUGAUGCUGACAUGAUCAGAAAGAUGAAGCUGCUAAGCAUGGUGAUUAAUGAGUCGCUGCGUCUGUACCCUCCGGUGGCAAUAAUCUCAAGGGAGGCCUUCAAGGGAAUGAAAUUUGGGAAUAUUAGCAUACCCGAGGGAGUGAAUGUUUGGGCAUUCGUGUGUUCCUUACAUACAGAUCCUGAAGUCUGGGGAGCAGAUUCCUACCAGUUCAAUCCAAACAGGUUUGCUAACGGGAUCACUGGGGCUUGCAAGCUUCCGCACCUGUACAUGCCAUUUGGGGUUGGCCCUCGGGUGUGCCUUGGACAAAACUUGGCCUUGGUGGAAAUGAAGAUCCUAAUCGCUCUUAUUUUGGCAAAUUUCAGUUUUACACUCUCUCCCACUUACAUUCAUUCUCCGGCUUUAAACCUGGUCAUAGAGCCCGGAAAUGGGGUCAAUCUGUAUGUGAAGAAACUGCGAGAAUUGUAUUCCUGCUAAUUAUAUACUAGUAUAUUUCUUUUAA